UCUUCAUGUCUUGGCGUGAGCUGCUUCCCCCCUGGCUGGUGAUCGUAGCGGGACUGACGGGCAUCGUGCUGCUCUGUGUCUCCACCAAAGAUGUGCCCGUGGCCCCACUCAGGACCAAGUAUGGCAUUGUUCUGGAUGCUGGUCCAUCCCGCACCAUCCUGUUCAUCUACCAGUGGACAACCACCAAGGCAAACAAGACUGGGGUGAUCAGAGGAUGCAGUUCCUGUCCUGUGCAAGGUCCAGGAGUCUCCAGCUACUCAGAUUCUCCUCAGAAAGCUGGGAAGAGCUUGGAGCCGUGUUUGAACUGGGCCCAGAAUGAGAUUCCAGCAGAGCAGCACAGCCAAACCCCCCUGUACUUGGGAGCCACAACCAGCAUGAGGCAGCUGAACCUCACCCAUCCCAUCCUCUCUGCCAGUCUCCUUGCAGCUCUGACUGGCACCCUGAAGUCAUCCCCCUUCAACUUUCAAGGGGCACAAAUCCUGUCCAGCCCAGAGGAAGAAGCAUUCAAUUGGGUUGCUGUUAACUACGUCCUGGAAAACUUCUUCAAGUAUGACUGGCAAGGGCAGUUGGUCCCCUCCAGGAAGGGGAUGGCAGGAGUCCUGUCCAUGGGAGGAACCUCAGCACGGCUCACUUCCGAGCUGGAAGAAGAGAAACAGGUCCCAGAGGAGGGAGUGAGGCUGCAGCUCUACGGGCAGACACACAGGGUGCACAGCCGCCAGUGCCCCUGCCACGGCACGGAGCAGCUCCGCAGCAGGCUGCUCGCUGUGCUCCUCCAGGAUCAGAGAAGUGCUAAAGCUGUGUCCAAUCCCUGCUGGCCCCUCACCUACUCCCAGCAAGUGCAGUGGCAAUCGGUGCAUGCUGGGCCUUGUGCUGCCAGUGAUGACACAUGGGACAUCCCUGGCCCCAAGGAGGUCUUCAACAUCACGGGCUCCAGCAAUCCCACAGCCUGCAUGAACCUCGUGCAAAGCCUGCUCAACUCUUCCUCUUCCUGCAACUUCUUCAAGCAUUCCCUCAGCAGUGGUCUCAAGCCCCUUCAGACCAGGUUUCUGGUGGUUUCUGAGGCCAUGGACUUCUUGAGAGGAACUGCACCUUCUCCUGACUUGGGUCAGGCUGUCCAGAGGCUGUGUGGGAUGUCUGUCAAAGAGCUAAUGAGGGAGUCCCAGGCAAGCCUGGAUACACUUGUAGAUUACUGCACUGUGUCUGCCUUCAUCUUCCAUCUCAGUACAAGAGGAUACACACUUGACUUUGACCAGCCUGCUUGGAUUGCAUUCCAGAAGAUGGGUGAUAGAUCAUCUGGCUGGACUCUUGGGUACCUGCUGAGUCUGAGCAGCACCAUCCCCCAGGACAGCCCAAGCUUCCUCAAGGGGAUCGAGCCGGGGGUCUGGUCCCUGCUCCUGAUCCUCUUCGUCGUGCUGCUCAUGGGCUCCUUCAUGCGCAUCUCGUACCGAGUGAUGGCCAAGGAGAGCAGCUCCAGUCACAGGAACAGCAGCGUUUUCGAUGACUGA